UCCACACCGCGCUGCAACCAUGGCCGGGGGAAUCGUCGCGGAGCCGCUGAACCCGCGCGACGGGUUCAAUUGGGUGUUCCUUGUUGAGCUGCUCAUCUGCGGCAUCCUGACCGUCUUCUUCUUCUUCUACUUCAACCGGCUGUUCGCAACCCUCAUAUCCUACGCCAUACGCGCCUACACCUGGCAUGCCUUCCACGCUUAUAUCGACAUCACUGGCCUGCAGAUCUCCCCGCUCGGCGGUCGCAUCUUCUUCAAGAGCAUACGAUACCACGGCCACAACGAGACGAUACUGGUGCACGGUGGCUACAUCACCUGGAACUACUGGCUGCGGCGGGUGAGAGAUGCUGCAGUAUACGCCGACGAUGACGCUCCUGCCGCCGACGAUGACGCUCCUGCUGCCGCCGACUCCAGCGGCAGCAGCAACCACGCGCCAAGCACAUCGCGCACGCCGCGCACGCCGUCGACCAGCCGAAGCAGGAACGUGGACAGGGCGGAGAAGGGAGGCAAGCAGACGCCCAAGCAGCUGCCGUGUCGCAUCUCGGUCAAGGUUUCUGGCGUCGAGGCCUUCAUGUACAACCGCAGUCCUGCAUACGACGGAAUCAUCGAAGCCUUCGAACGCAAAGCCCGUACGGACGCGGAGCAGACGACCAAUCGGCCCCCUUCUACGGCCGAUGGUCCGCGCAGCGGCUCCGUGUCGCAACCAGAGGAUAUGUCGCACGGCGACGAGCCCUUGCACGACGAGCCCUUUCGCGACGAGCCCUUUCACAACAAGCUGAGGAAAGAGCCUCCGGACAAGGAAGCGAACGCUCUGCGCGUCGAAACGAGCGACUCGACUACCUCCAGGCCGAAAAAAGACAACCUGCCCGCUUUCCUCAAGAUCCUGCCCGUCCAUGUGGACAUCACCAAAGGUGCUAUCGUCGUGGGCAACGAGAACACGCUGGCUGUGAUCACGGCACAGUUCGAGAAAGCCGCCGGCACCCUCGAUGCGUCGUCCAGUGGUCCCCUCGACGUGUAUCAGCAGCUGUUCUCCUUCCAGGUUACGCACCCAGUCAUCCACAUGAAGCCCAAUCCAGACUACAAGUCUGCCCAACUCGACUCGGCCGCGCAGCACAAACAAGAGUCUGACAAGGGCAUCUCGGAAGAGAGCUUCAUCGCGAAGGACAUGGCACACAAGCGACGGAAGCCAUGGUCGAAGAAGAUCCCUGUUUUCUCUGCUCUCUUCUCCAAGUCGUCGGAUUCAGUACACACGCAUUCAAAGUCUGGCGUCAAGAACAGCAAAUACUUCACUCCUCAGUGGCAUUUCCCAGGCCAGGAGAGGUGGAAGGGGCUAGCGCGGUACCUGGAUGAUAGUCAGAACGACGGCCACGGCGAAUGGGACGGAAUCGAAUAUGCCAAAACCUCACUCAUCGCCGAUAUUCCCUGCGUGAACGUCAGCUUCUACUGGGACGUGACAGGUCCCGUACCCGCCGAAAUGGACAACACCAUGUUCGUUGACCAGGAUCGCCCGCACGACAUCAAUGGUAGCAUCCCCCCAGACUACGGUAUGGACAUUGAGGUUUUUGGUGGAGUCAUCAACUACGGACCUUGGGCGGAUCGACACAGAGGCAUCUUCCAGAACAUCUUCUUUCCUGGAGCGCGUGUCGAUGCUGUGCCUGCCAGUCCGCUGAAGCCAGGAGACCCCCGUGCGCUGUCUAUAUUCAAGUUGUUUCUGUUCAUUGGAGAAGAUACUGUGCUGCGCAUACCGGUUCGGGAGCCCUCAAAGGACUGGAAAUGGAAGGGCAAAGCUCAUACAUUGGCAGCGCACGAGAAGUCAGCGAACGACAAGGUCAAGGGCAAGGCAAAAUCCCGAAAACGCCGAGGCAAACAAAGGGACACUACUGCGGCGCAAAAUGUUCGUCCAUUUGCAUGGAUUGACGUCAAGGUUGCUGGCAACUCUUCCGUCCACUACAUCAUGGAUAUGGUUGCCUCCAGCCAAGGCUUUGGGAACAAGCUGGAUGUGUCGAUCAAGAGCACGGAGAUCUCUUCCAGCGUCAAUCAUGGCUUGCUAUGGCGGUCUGGAUCUAUCGCGCUCGACUGCGACCUGUCAGCCCCCCUCGCCUGGAAUACACUGCGAACAUGGAUGUUCAACAUCAAAUGCCAAGACCUUGAGCUUUUCUUGCUCCGGGAUCAUCUGUUCCUCUUGACGGACCUAGUUGCUGAUUGGGGUGCUGGUCCACCGCCCGACUACUUCCUCUUCGUGCCCUUCCGUUACCUUCUUCACGUCGAGUUCAACAACUUCAAACUGUACAUGAACACCAACGACUCCAACAUUGUCAACAACCCGGCCGACCUUGAUGACAACAACUUUGUCAUACUGUCUGGUCAGCAUCUGCGCGGAGAUGUAACCAUACCGUUGGACAAGUUCCGGCCACUACACAACGGAAUACAGUUCGAUGUUCGUGGCGAAGACAUGAGCUUAGAGGUUCUCAUGCCGUCGAAGAACACGCUCCAGACAUUCCUCAAGUCUCCCAAAGUGGCUAAACUGGGGGGGCUGACCCUGACUGGAUCCCACACAUACGUCACCACAACAGACCCAAUGAACACCGACAGGCUGUACCUGGACAUACAAGGGCACACACUGACCUUGGAACUAUACGGCUGGCUGAUUCACCACUUCAUGAAGAUCAAAGACAACUAUUUCGGCGAUGACAUGCACUUCAAAACUUUAGAGGAGUUUCAGGGUCUUCCGAGCACCACCCUCUCAAAAGACGGGGCAGGGGCUGACAGUCAGCCUGUCAAGAUCUCCAACGAUCUCGAUGUCAUUCUUUGCAUCUCAGUGGACGAUGCCAGUGUCCUUGUACCUGCCAAUCUCUACUCGGCUGAGCGCAGUGUACGAGCUGAUUUGCCAUACGCUUCGGCGGACCUUCGCUUCACCAACUACUACAUGGAUAUGAUGGUCAACUUCAGCCCGAUCAGCAUCUCGCUGUCAGAACCACCCGCUAGCCCAGAAUCUAGCCCAGAACUGCUUCACGGAUCUUCAAGUGGACAGACGGAGCUUUUCAUUGAUUCUAUAGUCAUUUUCGGCCAUCGUUUGUUCGGUCUCCCACCUACCGAACCUACUUACAUCUGUAAUUGGGACUUCGACGUAGGCAAGAUCUCUGGAGAAUGUACUUCGGCCUUUAUCGAGACUGCUGCUGGGGCAGCGCGUUCUUUCGCGUUUGCUCUUGAUGACGAUGAGAAUUCGUUGCCUCUCACCGAGAUCCCAGUCAUUCAUGACGCUACGCUGCUUAGAUUGAGAACACAAGACGUCCAUGUUUGGUUACACACUGCACCAGAAGCCUUGUUGGUUAAGACCAGCGCCAUCACCUUGGACUUCAACGACCUUGCAGGCACAACGUUCUCUCAGCGCCUCUCGGCUUGUGUGCCAGAGUUGACCAUUGGUGCUGUUGACGCUCGAUCAGCAUCACGUCACCGAGCGCGCGCCGGUGAGAAGCAGGUUGUCGAAACGCAUGCUUUCUUUCAGACCACACUGUCCUUGAACAUGCUGAAGAGGAAACUGGACUUCACGGCAGACCGCGACAAGCAGCAGGCGCACAUGCGUGAACACGACCAACGCACUAAUCGCGCCAACUUCAUGUUCAAACACGAGUUUGAUGAUACAUUCCACCAACCAGCGACUGCGCAGAACAAUGUGCGCCCACCAGCGAUGCAAUUUCCGGACAUACCACAGCCGAUACUGUUCUAUAGAUCGCGCACAAACGAGACAACAUCUUUGAGGUCGACAGCCUCACUGACAAACGAGUCAUUGCCGAGAGAUCGACGAUCGGGCACGAACUCGUUACGGUCAGUGUCGAAUGGCUCGCUCGCCGGUAGCAUUCGAUCCACCUUAAGACACAAGCACACCACCAAGACCGCAGAAUCCAGUAGGACUCGGACUCUACCUGGCGGCUCUUCGAAUCGUGCGGAAAGCAAAGGUCGAUUGUACACGUCCCAGGAAGAGCACGAACGAGCAAGACGCAACCUCGCUCCUUCUUCUGUUGCCCUCUCUAGUUCCCUGGCUCCUCCAUACUUCCCGUUGGAUCAGGUGGAUCCCGACCUGUCCGACGUUCCUACCAUACCAGAAUUACCGCCACCUUCGCGGAACAGGCGAGACGACGCCCUGAUCUUCAACGACGUGUCUACGGGGCAUCUGGACGAAACAUUCGCACAUACCAGUCUUCUCAUCAGCGCGGAGCCAGGUAUCCGAAUCUACUGCACCCCAGCCUUUGUUAAAUGCAUCUCGAACCUGGUUCAGAUGAUCCAGCCUCAGCGCCCUGAAGACCUACUCGAUGACUUUCAGGUCAAGGUCAUGACCAAAAUUUUAAAUAACAGGACGCGACUCGAAGGCAUUGGAAGCUCACUAGAGUUCAAUGUUCGUGUACCCUUUGCACACACCCGCUUCCAGCACGGCUUCAGUUCGACGCCAUCCUCCGCGGCUGGCAAGGAUCAGUACGAUGUCAUCGCAAACAGCCUCGAACUAGCUGCGCGCAUCAAGAAGUUCCCUGGAGAGCGAGCUGGUGAGGACUCGUUGGCUUUGCACACUACGUUGGGUUCGUUGGGCCUCUCAGUCACCGAGCGUGCUCUCCAGGGGCCAAGCGAAGGCGUCGCGGUGCAAGCUGAACUGCGAGACGUUCUUGUCUGGUCCCUACAGAACAAGGUGAGCUCUGUCAACAUCUCAUUCCGAUCGUUCGAAACCGCUGCAGCAAGCAAGAAGCUUGAGUACCUUGCCACACUGGCCCAUCGAACUACAAUACUGGCUGAGGAACUAGCACUCGACUUCAUUCAUGCGGAUGAGCGACAAGAGAAUAGGCUGCGUUAUCUGGCAUGGUAUUUGACGAGCGUUCAAGACCAAUACGCUGAUCCAGCCUUCUUGACGAAAGCAUCCUACGCUUUGCGUGCGGCCAGAGGUCAUCUGCGCAGCCAUGACUCGUGGAAGAUCAUAUCGCGAUUCCGCUACACUUGGCAAUGCCUGCCUUCAUAUGAGAAGAACGAUUUGACCAAGAAGUGCGCCCAGAGUACCGUAGGCUGCCCAGAAGACGCCGAAGAGAAGAUCAUAGUGAUGUGGGAUCAGUGGCGAACAUGGGAUCUGGCACACGUCGAGAAGAGUCUUGCUAUGAAGAUGCUUUUCGGUCACCUUACAGACAGCUUACCAACCCCCGAAUCGGCACCACUGUACCUUGACAUGAAAUCUGGUGGGGUGAAGCUGAUUGUUGAUCCUGGUCCAAAGCAGAGCGAAGUCGAACUGGUCAUCCUAGCAAUCAACGUUGCACUCUUGCCUCCCUUAAGAGAACCAGAUGCACUUGGCGUGGUGCCUGCCGAGAAACCCACAAAGUGUUCCACCGUGCAAGUCAGCUCGAGAGAAACCUUGUUCCACAUCCGUUGGGAGAUGUGCGAGCUGGCAGAAGCGCUUACAAACCUCUUUCUUAAGGAAGAUGCUGCACCAACAACGACCACACUGGCCAAGACAUCUACGCCAAAGCAAAACAAAAAGCUUGCACAUCACCAAGAUGUUCAGGUCGUCUUCGUCACAGAUAGAUCGCAGAUCAUCCUUGAAACGAUGAACCUUCGUAGCGUACUGUCUGGACGACGCUUGCGGUUCUCGUUCAUCGAUGCGGACAAGAAGGCUUCCGACUUUGGGGAAACCUUAAGCGCACAUAUUCACCUGGAGCUGGCUGUAGGCGAGAUAUUCUCUCGUUCUCGGUUACUCGCUAAGGCACAAUUUGAGCAGCCGAGCCUUUACUUUGCUCUUGUUGAGCACGAAAAGGGCAGUAACAUCCCUGACGAGAUCAAGGCUGCAGCCGCCAGUCAAAUGAUCAUCAUCAAGGUCCAAGAAGAUGUUCUAGGCUUUGUUGAGGUGGUCGACUCUGUGUUAAGGGACGAAGUCGCGUACUUUCAGCACCAGUCCAAAGCGAUACAGGCUAUCACCAAACAGAAGAAAACCCAGACGCAACCACAGGUCAACAAGGUCAAAGAUGCCCAACUUCCCAACAUCACACUGGCGUUGUUCAUGGACGCCUAUCAGGUCGAGCUUGCGCUCCUCCAUCCUCUAGGUUGGUCCAUAUCGGGCAAGUCAGGACGUAUUGCAGUAGUCCCAACCCUUGGAAAGAACGUCACCCUCCGCGUUGACUAUGACCUUGACGCCAGUCACCACAGGCUCUACAACACGUCCGACGAGGGGUCCCAUGUUAUCAGCUCUUUGCAACUGCCUGCUGUCAACGGUCGACUGAACGUUUCGCAAACGGACCAAGAGACACGCAUCAUGGCUUCCGGCAUCAUUGAAACCAUCCAGAUACAGGCGUCUGAGAUACAGGCACUGGCAACAACACUGAACAAACCAGAGAUUGCACAGAUGGUACAUGCUGUCAAAGACGAUGUGGAGGUCCUCAAGACCCACAUAGAAGAGAUCUUCCCAUCAAACGAUGAAGACGGUGUGACCAAGCCACCUACCUCCUCGAAGCAAGUUCUCUUCGGAGUACAGAUGACAUUCUCCGGGAUGAAUGUAGUGGCCAUCGCACCCGCCAAAGAUUCGAGCUCACCGACUGCGAAUCUCGCAUUCCGGCUGUCCUCCGUUCAACUGAAGGCUACGAAUAUCGAUUCGGUCGAUAAAGCAAUGCUCUUCCCAGAGGCGAUUAUUCGAAUUCACGAAGUGACCGUUGAUAUGACGCUGACACAUUCUGAGUCUGUUCGUCGCUGUGGCAACCUCACCUUCAGCGCAAUCUUCCAAGCCACGACCGAACCGGACUCCAAUCCUCAGCGAAGGUUGUAUCGUGUCCGUAGCUCUGGGCUCGAGCUCAACGUGUUUGCGGACACUGCAUCAGCUGUAGUGGACGUCAUGAACCAUCUGCAAGACAAAAUCAAGGACCUCGACCUAUCCAAGGAGAAGAAAUACCUCAGACGAUUGCGUCACACCAAGAGCAAGCUUUCGAGCAAACGCGCAAAAAGUGUCAAGAGCCGUACGGAUACUGAUAACGACAGCAUUGACUCGGGUGCCUUGUUCACUUCGACAUACUCUAUGGAGCUGCUCGACCUGCAAGCUACCUGGGUUGUCGGCACUUCGAUGGCACCUUUCGCCAAUACUGAGACUGAAGAUCUUGUCCUAUCCUUCAGGAGGAUCAAGCUUUCCACGCAAAAGGAUGAUGCAGCGCGCUUGAUGAUCGAGGAUAUGCAGCUGCAAAUGGUACCGGUCUCAGCCGACAAGAAGGGUCGUUCACUUAAUUCAGCGUUGCUGCCGGAGAUGCAGUUCAACGUAGCCUAUGCUUCUACGAAGGAGACGCGAAAGCUUGCCUUCCAUGCUGCCGGUAAAGCUCUCGACCUUCAACUCGACUCCCACUUCAUCCUUCCCGCAAACGUCAUCGAACGAUCAAUUGCGCUUGCAGGCACUAAGUUCCGCAAGGCUUCCGCGAACUGGCGUGUGACACCAACUACAUCCGGGGCACAACGAAAGAACCCGUUCGGCAACAAACGACUAUCGUCGUUGACGGUGGACGCGAACUUUGCGGGGGCUGUGGUACACAUCAAUGGCCGAGAAGGCCCAUCAGCAGAGGGAGCGUCGCAUCGACCGCAACAAAAGGGAAGAUAUAGCCAGUUCGUUGGCGAUGGCUCGAAGAGCAGUCUGGCUCUUCGAGCACCUGGAAUCGCUCUACGAGUGGAGUAUCGGGAUGAAGGCCAGGACCCAUCACUGAACGCUGAGCUUCGCAUUGAUGGAUCUAGCAACACUCUGCUGCCGACUGUGGUCCCCAUCAUCAUCGACAUAUCGGACAGCAUCAAGGCUGUUGUUCGUGACAAGGACAAUGGAGAUCCCCCCGGAUCACCGCAAGUGGAGAAGCCAGAGCCACAAGCCAAACCCACCGCAAAGUUGCUUGAUGAGGACAACAACAACAACAACAACAACAACAACAACAACAACAACAACAACAAUAACAACAUCAUCAACGCCGACCCAUCGGCACUCCUGGGACGCACGAGCCUCAACCUUGGUCUCAGGAUUUGCAAGCAAGAGUUUAGCCUCAGCUGCCAGCCAAUUGCGCGCGUUGCAGCGAUCGCGAAGCUUGAAGACAUCUACGUCACUGUCAACAGUGUCAAAUCGCAGGAACAUGGGCAUUUCUUCGCCGCAUCUGCCGCGUUCACAAAGCUCAAUGCCACUGUUCAGCAUGUGUACUCACGUGAAUCGACCUUUGGUCUCGAUGUGGACUCGAUUGUUCUGUCUUUAAUGAACAGCAAGCACUUGAGCGGCACUAGUGGUAUCUCCGCCAUUCUCAAAAUCAACCCUACGGCGUUGCAGAUCAACGCUCGACAAUUGCAAGACUUCCUGCUUUUUAGAGAGAUUUGGAUUCCACCGGAGAUCAGGCAGUCAUCACAGCCGGCGGACGCGAACGUCGAUCCGAACCCCGAGCCACAAGAGUAUUUGAUGCAGCGCUAUCAACAAGUCACCGCUGCAACAGCCUUCCCAUGGAAUGCCAACGUGGCGAUGGCAGACGUCAAGGUCGACCUCGAUCUUGGUCAGGCCAUUGGCAAGUCCUCGCUUCACAUACACAACAUGUGGGCUUCGUCAACAAAGGGCACUGAUUGGGAGCAAAACUUGUGCGUCGGUGUUGAAAAGGUUCGUCUGGAGAGCACAGGUCGAACGAGCGGCUUUGUCGAGCUGGCUGGGGUAAAAGUGCGAACAUCCAUUAGAUGGCCCGAACGAGCACCGGACGAGCGUUCGACACCACUAAUCCAAGCAUCGGUUGCCUUUCAUCAACUACGCGUCAAGUCAGGCUUCGACUACCAGGCUUUUGCCGUAGCGGACAUUGCCAACUUCGAGUUCCUCAUGUACAACGUCCGCGACAAUGAAGGAGCGGGCCAAGACCGCCUUGUUGCGAUCCUGGAUGGUGACAAGGUGCAUGUCUUCUGCCAUGCCACAAGCGCGGCACAGGGCCUUGCUCUCUACCAGGCUAUCGAGCGACUGGUACAAGAGAACCAACAAGCAUACCUGCAAUCACUGAAAGACAUUGAGAAGUACCUCAGACGCAAAUCCUCGGUGUCGCAAUCCUUCGGCCGCUCGCCUUCUCAAAGCAUGAUCACCCCCAAGCCCGAAGACGACGAUGCCUUCAAAGCGCCGAUUUCCCUUCACACAGAUGUAGUUGUCACCCUUCGCUCUGUCAACUUGGGAGUCUACCCUGGUACCUUCCUCGACAACGUGGUACUCAUGCUCGAAGCUGGUGACAUGCAAGCGCGCUUCGCCGUAGCCCUGGAAACCUCCAAAAUCCACUCCAGCCUCGGAAUGACCCUGGGACAGUUGUCCGUCGCCCUAUCUCCCAUCCCAACCCCCAAAAAGAGCAAGCCCGUCGCCGAUCUCACCGUCGAAGACGUUGUCGAAUCCGCCCGAUCAGCCCGCGGCGGCACAAUCUUACGAGUGCCCAAAGUCAUAGCCACAAUGCACACCUGGCAGGUCCCAAAGAACAACCACAUCGACUAUGUCUUUAAGAGCAGUCUGGAGGGCAAAGUGGACGUCGGAUGGAACUACUCGCGCAUCAGCUACAUCCGGCAGAUGUGGUCGAACCACUCGCGCACCCUCGCCAGCCGCCUCGGCAAACCGCUCCCAGAAUCCAGCAUCAAGAUCAGCACGAGUCAAACCCUCGAAGUGCCGUCCACAGAAGGCGUACCCUCCAUCUCCACUGCAGCUAAUACGACUGCAAACGCAGCACCCAACCGCCCCCGCGCCCUCAGCGUCUCGACCUCCCCGAACCCAGACAACCCGGACUCGGAGCAGGAGAAAAUUACCGCCGUGGUAAACGUCCCGCAGUCCAGAUACGAGUACACGCCGCUCGAGCCGCCGGUCAUCGAGACACCGCAGCUGAGGGAUAUGGGCGAGGCGACGCCGCCGCUGGAGUGGAUUGGGUUGCAUAGAGAUCGGUUGCCGAAUGUGACGCAUCAGAUUGUUAUUGUGACGCUGCUUGAGGUGGCGAGGGAGGUGGAGGAUGCUUAUGAGCGGAUUUUGGGGAGUAGUUAGGGGGAGAGGGGAGAAGGGCAUUGAUCAUUUGGAUGUAUUGGCGUUUAGAGUAACGGGGAAAUAAUCUGUGCAUAACAUGGCGUCUAGGGAAAUCUGUCGUUAGCAUUAGUAUCUAUGU